CCCGCGCCUCGCGCUCGCCGGUUGGAUCUCCCACGCAGGCGGAAUGCAGCAGAGCCCGGGGAGCGGGUCUCCGACCGCUGCUUGAAUGCACCUCGCUGCCGGGAGCCGGACGGCCCAGUAGGGCGCACGGGAGGAGGGUCCGCCGAGAGAGCCUGGACAGUUUAAGACGGUGCAGCCUUGCUACAUGUUGUAAGAAAUGGCUGUAGGAAACAACACUCAACGAAGUUAUUCCAUCAUCCCGUGUUUUAUAUUUGUUGAGCUUGUCAUCAUGGCUGGGACAGUGCUGCUUGCCUACUACUUCGAAUGCACUGACACUUUUCAGGUGCAUAUCCAAGGAUUCUUCUGUCAGGACGGAGACUUAAUGAAGCCUUACCCGGGGACAGAGGAAGAAAGCUUCAUCACCCCUCUGGUGCUCUAUUGUGUGCUGGCUGCCACCCCAACUGCUAUUAUUUUUAUUGGUGAGAUAUCCAUGUAUUUCAUAAAGUCAACCAGAGAAUCUCUGAUUGCCCAGGAGAAAACAAUUCUGACCGGAGAAUGCUGUUACCUGAACCCCUUACUCCGAAGGAUCAUAAGAUUCAUAGGGGUAUUUGCUUUUGGGCUUUUUGCUACUGACAUUUUUGUAAACGCCGGACAAGUGGUCACGGGGCACCUGACGCCGUACUUCCUGACGGUGUGCAAGCCCAACUACACCAGCGCAGACUGCCGGGUGCACCACCAGUUCGUCAACAACGGGAACAUCUGUACUGGGGACCUGGAAGUGAUAGAGAAGGCUAGGAGGUCCUUUCCCUCCAAACAUGCUGCUCUGAGCAUUUACUCCGCCUUAUACGCCACGAUGUACAUCACAAGCACAAUCAAGACGAAAAGCAGUCGACUGGCCAAGCCGGUGCUGUGCCUCGGGACCCUCUGCACAGCCUUCCUGAUGGGCCUCAACCGGGUCUCUGAGUAUCGGAACCACUGCUCCGAUGUGAUCGCGGGCUUCAUCCUGGGCACUGCUGUAGCCCUGUUUCUGGGAAUGUGUGUGGUCCAUAACUUUAAAGGAACACAAGGAUCUCCUUCCAAACCCAAACCCGAGGACCCCCGUGGAGUACCCCUAAUGGCUUUCCCAAGGAUAGAAAGCCCUCUGGAAACCUUAAGUGCACAGAAUCACUCUGCCUCUAUGACCGAAGUUACCUGAAACGGCUGACGUGUCACAAGCUGUUUUUUUUUUUUAAAUCAC